GCUGCUUGGCGUGAACGGCGCAGGGAAGACGACGACGAUGCGCAUGAUCACAGGAGACACUGAAGUGACCAACGGUGACAUCCUCGUCGGAGGAGCCAGCGUGCAGGACAACCGGGACGCAGCACGCCGUCGGCUGGGCUACUGUCCGCAGUUCGAUGCCCUGCCGGACAAGCUCACGGUGCGGGAGACCUUGUCCCUCUAUGCACGCAUCCGCGGAGUGCCACGUGAUGAGGUGGCACAGGUCACCGAGACGAUGGUGCGAAAGAUGUGCCUGGAGGCACAUCAGCACAACUUGUGCGAGUAUCUCUCGGGCGGUAACAAGCGCAAGCUCUCGACGGCCCUGGCUCUCAUCGGCGAGCCGGAUGUAGUGCUCUUGGACGAGCCGUCCACCGGCGUCGAUGUUGGUGCACGCCGCUUUCUGUGGGAGAUCAUCGGCGACAUCCGGCUGAACGGUCACGCCGUCGUGCUCACGAGCCACUCCAUGGAGGACCUCGUCUGCGGACGGCCGAAGGUGUAUUUGGUAGUCGAAAGGGCAAUUGCGGUGUUUGGGGUCGUUAGGGCUUUGUGGUUUUCGAUAUUAGGAUGGAGUUAG